AUGGGAAGCGGCGGCCAUUCCAGCAACGCCUUGGACCGUAGCAUGGAUAGAAACAACUGGAUCUUCUUGAGGCGUCAUUUCGUAAAGGAACCGUACCCGAGUACUGCUCAACGAAUGGAACUGAUGAGGAACACACAACUUCCUGAAGCGAGAAUUCAGGUAUGGUUCUCGAAUAGACGAGCCAAAUGGCGACGUACACAGCAGGAGAGUAGUGGAUCAUCGAUAGAAAGGGAGGAUGAUGACGGUCCACCGGUGCUCAAAAAGAGCAGGAGCGAAAGUUCGGACACCAUGGUUGAAGCGUCGCCACCACAGAAGAAGUCGACAAUUUUCAAGCCCUACGAGUGA